AUGGCAUCACAAGACAAGCAAGUAUUUUAUGUGAGUGAUCCAGUAGAUGCUCGAUGGUCAGUUGUCCUAACAAGUACAUUGAUUAUGGAUCCAUCAUAUGAUGAAGAUGGCGAUCCGUUUGUUGAUGAUCAUGGUAAUGGUCUAGAGGGGAUUAAUCCUACCGCACCAACAAAUACACAAGAUAAGAAAUAUAGGGGUAAAUCAAACUGUAGUGAUGUAUUCAAAGCAAGAAGUGAGGGUCGCAAUUAUGAGGUCGAGUACAAUCGUUUUGGCCGAGCGAUGGGAAAAGGGGGGAUCAAGAUGAACAGCACCAUCGGUCUUCUAUCACGCACAACCCUUCCUUUAGAUAUCGACAAUUGGAAACAAAUGCCAAAGGAUAAAAAAGAGACUUUAUGGGAUCAAAUACAGCGUAUAUCGAAGAGAAUUAAAGAGGCUCGAGCAAAAAUGAUCAUACUUGGAGGAUACGGUUCCAAAUCCAUCGUUGCAUAUGUUUAUGAUCACACUCAGAUGACUGAGCGCCGAGCAUCGCAGAGUGUGGCCCCUGCAUCAUCUGUUGUAUCUUGUGUCAGCGAUAAUGUCAACGCUACUACUGGUGCUGCUACUACUACUGCUACUAUUGCAACUGCUACCAUUGCGGCUACUACUGCUGCUCCUACUACUACUGCUACUUCUGCUACUGCAGCUGCUACAGCUACCGCUGGUACUGCUGCUACUUCUACUGCUACUAUUUCUACAAAUACUACUACUAAUGUGGCUACAGCUGCUCCUACUACUACUGCCACUGCAACUGCCGCUCUUGCUACUGCUCCUGCUCCUGCCAUUGCUACUGCUAUAUCUUGCUGCUACUGCUACUGCUACUACUGCUCUAGUAUUGCUAUUGCUACUACUGCUUCUACUAUCGCUGUUGCUACUGCAGCUCCUACUAAUCUUUCUACUACUACUGCUGCACUACUGCUACUAUUAGCUGUUACUGGUGCUGCUGCUGCUACUGCUACUGCUACAUCUACUAUUACAACUGCUGCUACUGCUGCUGCUCCAACUAAUACUGAUACUACUACUGCUGCUAUUGCUACUGCUUCUACUGCUCCUAUUGCUACUCCUAUUGUUACUGCUACUGCUACUGGUGCUCCGAUUACUAUUGAUGCUCCUACUACUACUUCUGCUACUCCUACUUCUACAACUUCUACAGCUACUGCUACUUCUACUGCUCCUGCUUCUUCUCCUGUGCUUGCUGCUGCUUCUGCAACUGCUACUGCUACUGCCCCUGCCCCUGUUCCUGCUACUGGUACUGUCAAGAGAUUUUGA